CUUGUAUCAUAGUACUAGAGGCUAUCGCGCCCCGCGCAAGUCCCGCGUAGGACACCCUCAUUUUACUUGUCCCAAGAUCUACCAUAUUCGACGCGUUAAAAUUUUAAAUAUCUCUAGUGACCGAAACCGUGAUGACUAAAAAUCGCGCAACCAGCCCCGCGUCGCCUUCCCCGUUAGAGCGCUCAUCAUCGCGACCCGCUGCGGACCACCUUCCACCAAGGCCCUAUAGAAGCCUAGUAAAAAAGUCAACAUCACGAGCGGAAGGAGUGGUCUGUAAGAAGCGCAAGCGGUCCACGGAAGCACGUGAACGCAAGGAUUCCAAUGACGGAGACAGGAUGUGUCUUGCCCAGAGGCUGCGUCAUGAUGAUGAUGCCUUCAUUACUGACCGCUAUGCACGGUCUGGCCUUUGGCGCGCUCCUUCCCAUCGUAAGGAGCACCACCGUAGCAGCUCCCCUGCACUCAACAACCACAAGGACAGCAAAGGCCCCUCGUUCCAUAUCACCAAAUCUUCUGAUCGCCGCGCUUCUGACGACAAGGGUAAAGAAAAAACGUCUUUACCCUCCCUGAAUAAUGGAUGUUCUGGAUCUGUAAGUGCCUGUCGUGAUGCACAGCACCCUGCAUCGCAAGGCAUGCCAUCUGUACAGUCCGUGGAUAGCUUUCUAGACAGCAUCGAUUUGAGCAUUACUCCUUCAUGCAAUCCGGUGCUUGCCAAGAACAAGGUUCCCGCGACACCAAUUCAGCAAGUACUUCCCCCAACUCCUGUAUCCAUUGCACCCAUUUCCCUGCCUUUGCCAGAAUCUUCUACAGCUGAGCUUCGACCAAUUCCCUUCACUUUUGGACCGGAGAGGCUUUCUCUCUUACACCACGGGCACCCGUUGAGUUACGACUUGAACCUACUUCCUGAUGACCCUAUUGGUCCUAUCACAUUGCUUGGAGCAACUCAGAGCGAACCUGGCGCAUAUCUUGUUGCCGCAGCACACUACAGGCGGACUGGCCGUUCUCGUGCAGCUUGCAAGGUGAUUAGGGCCUUGCUUGGCAAGCAUGCCCCUGCUACUCGUGCGGGCGGUGUUUUGACUGGCAAAAACAAAGAAAAUGGUCCCUUCCAUCAGGCUUCCUCAUCGCUAGCGAAAUCUCCCGCACCUUCCGUAUUUACACCCAUAGACGUCAACACCACAGCUCACGACGCCGCUGUCUUACGAUCUGCCAUUCUCGUUCUCGCAGCCUGUCAGCUGGACAUAAGCCGCGAUUCUUCAUCUCCCGAAGAGAGGAUAGCACAUGCAACCGCUGCUCAAGAACUUUUUCGUACAAUAUACGGAACGAAAAACGACUUUAUUUCUUCCAAUUCAGGAAAUACUAGUACAGAUGUGAACGCCCUAGGACUAGCUUUUGCAGAUCACGCCCAAAAGCUUUCCACCGCCAACAACAUCCUACCUAUUUCUAUGUCCAAACAAACAUCAGGCGUCCCCACUGCUCCCGCUUCUACUCGUAUUCUAGCUCUAGAGGAUGAGCUCCGACUCACGCGCAUAGCCAAGUCUACAAUUGAAGCCGACCUUGCUGCUGCGAAGAAGCGCCAGGAACGCACUGACCUGUCUGUCAGACAAGCUGAGACCCGUUCUCGUGACGCCCUCCGAUUGCUUGAGACCGAGAGGGAUGAAGUUCAUAACUUGAAGCGUCGACUCGUAGAAACGGAACGGAAGGUGUCGGAAAUGGAACAGUCAGCUGCUGGUGCCGAGUCACGCGUGUGGGUGAGGCUGCGGGACAUGGUUUAUGAUCAGUUUGGGAGCACAAGAGGUUUUUGAUGCGUGAACUAAGUGUGUUUACGUUCGUCUUUUCAUCUUUUUCAGAACAUUGCGGGGUCUUAGAAUCAGGACCAGUCAUGUGGUGCAUCUCAUCACAACCCCCAUCACCAUCAUCAUUGCCACUUGUACAUCAUAUCAUUUCCUGCAGCAUUCGAGAUACCGUGUUUCACAGUCCACAAAAGUGUGUUCUUGUAAUUAUCCUCCAUGUAUGGAACUAGCAUAGCGAGAGAACAGGAGGAUACGUUCCAUUGGAAUUGUGUGAUGUGAGGAUGCUGAACGUCUAUUCUCCCCACCUAUCGUGCCCAAGGUUUAAG